UCCACAACCAUAUAUGUCCACCAGCCCGGAGCUGGGGAGGAGCAGCAGGAGGCAGGUCAGGCCCCUGGGCUCUGGCCACACUCCACGGCCACUGCACACCAUGCACAUCACGCAGCUCAACCACGAGUGCCUGCUGCACCUCUUCUCCUUCCUGGACAAGGACAGCAGAAAGAACCUCGCCAGGACCUGCCCCCAGCUCCAGGAUGUGUUUGAGGACCCUGCACUCUGGCCCCUGUUGCACUUCCGCUCCCUCACAGAACUCACGAAGGACAACUUCCUCCUGAGCCCGGCACUCAGGAGCCUCUCCAUCUGUUGGCACUCGAGCCGCGUGCAGGUGUGCAGCAUCGAGGACUGGCUCAAGAGCGCCUUCCAGAGGGGCAUCUGCAGCCCGCAUGAGAGCCUGGUCAACGACUUCCUCCUCCAGGUGUGUGACAGGUGCCCCAACCUGGUGUCCGUCACGCUGUCUGGGUGUGGCCACGUCACCGACGACUGCCUGGCCCGACUACUGCGGUGCUGUCCGCGCCUGCGCACGCUGCGCCUCGAGAACUGCGCGCGUGUCACCAACCGCACGUUGAUGGCCGUGGCGGCGCACGGGUGCGCGCUGCAGACGCUGCACGUGGACUUCUGCCGCAACGUGAGCGCCGCCGGCCUGCGCCGCCUGCGUGCAGCGUGCCCGCUCCUGGCUGUGCACGCUGAGCACAGUGCAACCAUGAUCCCGGACCAGCCUCCGCGCUGCCUGUCGGCGCCGGGCCCCGCCCUCCGCAAGCUGCUCCCGCGCUAGGUCACCGGGUCGCGGAUGGGCACUGGCCACGGCCUGGGUCCGAAGGGGACCCGGCAGCUCUUCCACCUCCAAGACUAUCGCCACAUCUUCUGAGCCUCAGUUUUCCCAUUUGCAAAAUGGGGAUACGAAUGUCUACCUCACACUAUGAUUUUAUAUACAGGAUGACUGCGAGGUUAAAUGACUUGGUACUUGGAA